UUUUUUAUUUAUAAGUACGUUGGAUGCUGAUUUUUUAUUCGCUCAAAAGCAACAGCAAUAAAAAAAACUUUUUGAAUAGAAUUUUCAAAUGAGUCGUUCGGCAACCGUAAUGAUUGCAUUCAAUUGCCUGUUCAUAUUUGGAUUUUCCGUUCAUUUGGUGUCAAGUGAUGUUAGUCUAACGAUCGGUUCGAAUCGACCGAGCGUGAAAAUAGAACCUACCGUUCGAUCGAAUUAUGAAGCUCCACACGGAUAUGAGUACAGUGGAUCGUAUUCAACCGUAGCUCCGGAAAGGAACGCUCAAUAUGUCAGCUCCAGUAAUAAGGGUCAAUAUGUUGGUUUCUUCUCAACGGCGGCACCAGAAAUCAAAUAUCUUGGUUCGAGUUAUUCGUCUGGGGUUUCCGAAAACAAGGCUCAAUACGUCGGAUCUUACUCGACAGUAGCUCCAGAUAGCAAAGCUCAAUACGUUAGUUCUUACUCAACCGUAGCUCCGGAAAACAAAGUACACUACGUCAGCUCUUAUUCAGCACAAGCUCCAGAAAACAAGGCGCAAUACGUUGGAUCUUACUCGACAGUAGCCCCAGAAAACAAAGCUCAAUACGUUAGUUCUUACUCGACAGUAGCACCGGAAAACAAGGCGCAAUACGUUGGCUCUUACUCGACAGCAGCUCCAGAUAACAAAGCUCAAUACGUUAGUUCUUACUCAACCGUAGCUCCGGAAAACAAAGUACAAUACGUCAGCUCUUAUUCAGCACAAGCUCCAGAAAACAAGGCGCAAUACGUUGGAUCUUACUCGACAGUAGCCCCAGAAAACAAAGCUCAAUACGUUAGUUCUUACUCGACAGUAGCACCGGAAAACAAGGCGCAAUACGUUGGCUCUUACUCGACAGCAGCUCCAGAUAACAAAGCUCAAUACGUUGGUUCUUACUCGACAGUAGCACAGGAAAACAAGGCGCAAUACGUUGGCUCUUACUCGACAGCAGCUCCUGAUAACAAAGCUCAAUACGUUAGCUCUUACUCGACAGUAGCUCCGGGAAACAAGGCGCAAUACGUUGGCUCUUACUCGACAGCAGCUCCAGAUAACAAAGCUCAAUACGUUAGCUCUUACUCGACAGUAGCUCCGGAAAACAAGGCGCAAUACGUCGGAUCUUAUUCAGCACAAGCUCCAGAAAACAAGGCGCAAUACGUUGGCUCUUACUCAACCGUAGCUCCGGAAAACAAAGCACAAUACGUCAGCUCUUAUUCAGCACAAGCUCCAGGAAACAAGGCGCAAUACGUUGGAUCUUACUCGACAGUAGCCCCAGAAAACAAAGCUCAAUACGUUAGUUCUUACUCGACAGUAGCACCGGAAAACAAGGCGCAAUACGUUGGCUCUUACUCGACAGCAGCUCGAGAUAACAAAGCUCAAUACGUUGGUUCUUACUCGACAGUAGCACAGGAAAACAAGGCGCAAUACGUUGGCUCUUACUCGACAGCAGCUCCUGAUAACAAAGCUCAAUACGUUAGCUCUUACUCGACAGUAGCUCCGGGAAACAAGGCGCAAUACGUUGGCUCUUACUCGACAGCAGCUCCAGAUAACAAAGCUCAAUACGUUAGCUCUUACUCAACCGUAGCUCCGGAAAACAAAGCACAAUACGUCAGCUCUUAUUCAGCACAAGCUCCAGAAAACAAGGCGCAAUACGUUGGAUCUUACUCGACAGUAGCCCCAGAAAACAAAGCUCAAUACGUUAGUUCUUACUCGACAGUAGCACCGGAAAACAAGGCGCAAUACGUUGGCUCUUACUCGACAGCAGCUCCAGAUAACAAAGCUCAAUACGUUGGUUCUUACUCGACAGUAGCACAGGAAAACAAGGCGCAAUACGUUGGCUCUUACUCGACAGCAGCUCCUGAUAACAAAGCUCAAUACGUUAGCUCUUACUCGACAGUAGCUCCGGGAAACAAGGCGCAAUACGUUGGCUCUUACUCGACAGCAGCUCCAGAUAACAAAGCUCAAUACGUUAGCUCUUACUCGACAGUAGCUCCGGAAAACAAGGCGCAACACGUCGGAUCUUAUUCAGCACAAGCUCCAGAAAACAAGGCGCAAUACGUUGGCUCUUACUCAACCGUAGCUCCGGAAAACAAAGCACAAUACGUCAGCUCUUAUUCAGCACAAGCUCCAGAAAACAAGGCGCAAUACGUUGGCUCUUACUCGACAGCAGUUCCAGAUAACAAAGCUCAAUACGUUAGUUCUUACUCAACCGUAGCUCCAAAUACCAAAGCUCAAUACGUUAGCUCUUACUCGACAGUAGCUCCGGGAAACAAGGCGCAAUACGUUGGAUCUUACUCGACAGUAGCUCCAGAUAACAAAGCUCAAUACGUUAGCUCUUACUCGACAGCAGCUCCGGGAAACAAGGCUCAAUACGUCGGAUCUUACUCGACAGUAGCACCGGAAAACAAUGCGCAAUAUGUUGGCUCUUACUCGACAGUAGCUCCAGAUAACAAAGCUCAAUAUGUUAGUUCUUACUCAACCGUAGCGCCAAAUACCAAAGCUCAAUACGUUAGCUCUUACUCGACAAUAGCACCGGAAAACAAGGCACAAUACGUUGGAUCUUUCUCGACAGUAGCCCCAGAAAACAGCGCUCGGUAUUCGACAUCAUCAUCAUCAAGCAACAGUUACAACUCGUACCCAUCAGGACAGAUUGCUUCCGAUCGCAGCUACGUCUCUGCGAAACAGGAGUACAAUCCUCAAUACCAAAACGACCGGGGCGUGCUAUUGAUAUCAAAGGAAUUGCAAGUUCCAUUUUUGUCGUCGAAGAAGAGCGAAAAAUCUGAAGGAUGUGAUGACACGAAGGACGACAACGUAAAUCAGGUUCAAGUUCAAAGCUCGGAUCAAGGCUUGGUUCAAGGCUCAGUCGGAAGCUCGGACCAAGGCUUGGCUCAAGGCUCAGUCGGAAGCUCGGACCAAGGCUUGGCUCAAGGCUCAGUCGAAAGCUCGGUUCAACCCGAUCGCGACACGAACGUUAAGGAUUACAACAAUGAAAGUCAGGACAACGAAAAUUCAAACAGGGACAAUCACAAUUAUGGAAACGUCGAAUAUAAUGUACCAGCAGCGCCAGUCUAUAGAACAAGCAAGUAUGAGAUUCGACGACCUGGUAUCAGGAAAGAAUUUUACGAUAUCGAAGAGAAAGUCUUCAUAAAGCCUGCAGGAACUGCAAUUUUUGAGUUGCAGCACGACAAACCCCACAGCUCGGCCAUAGUAAACAAACACAUUUAUCAGCAACAAUCAUCGCCACAAUAUCCACAAUAUCCCCAAUAUUCGGAUGACGAUUCACAAUAUUAUCCGGAACAACAAUAUGCAAACCAUGGCUACAGUCACGGUUACAAUCCAGUUCUCAUACAACCUGCUCAAUCACCUGCGUAUCCCUACACUCCCGUUGUUGCACAACCACCAAGAACUCAUCCGAACACGUACAAUUACAAUCCCGUAUAUCCGUCCACAGCGAUAACACCGGGAUAUGUUCCUCCAUUAGGAAGCGGUUAUCUUCCCCCAUGUGAAGAUAUUCCAAGUGUACCCUCGAAGCCACAUCCGCCAUCCUCACAACAUGAACUCAGUGACGAAUACGACGAGAAUGACCAACAUGACUAUGACUCUGACGCUGGCUACAUCACACCCAUAAACGAACAAAGUCAGGACAUCAAGUAUGCCACAAGCAAAUCUAACUCCCAUCGAGAUCGAGAAUACUAUAGAGUACCUCAACCAACUUCUGGAUACAGUCAGGAUUCAAGGAUUGAUCGACUACGAGUGGAAUAUAAAAAUCAACGUGGCGAUCUUGCACAGUUGAAGGCAAAUCAAUAUCCCCAACAAUUCUACCACGAAUAUGUUCCAAAUGUUAAUGUUGAUCAAAAGCAAGUGCAAAUUCGACCCAAUGGUGACGCACCCGCAAAAUACAGUCAGGAGAAAGUUAGCAGUCCGGUGGAAAUUGAAAACUCGCAACGAUUACUGGACUUGUAUUCGGCCAACGGUGAUGUCACAGAAGUUGGCUUCGGCCAUGGUGCCAAAACUCAACAAUACAAAGUCCCAAACAACAGUGUUCCGGCGCGUGUCGUAUCCGUAACACCAGCACCACAAUAUGCUAACUAUGUAGACGAACAAACCAAAAGUCGUCGGGUGGCUUUGACUCAGCCGCUAUAUACCGUUCAACAAGUAGAAGUCCGAGAACAUAAUCACAGACUUGUUGAAGAUGUCCAGCACGACGGUGUUGCACCAAGUGUACGUGCAUUUGAAAAGCUACGACUUAUUGGCGGAUCGUUUGGAAAGUCAUCGUCAUCAGCGUCACGUGCAACUGAUGUGAAUAGCGAAGUAGAGUAUGUGACGCCAGUACCCCAAGAGUAUGGUCAUUUGAGAGCCGCAUCGCCGGCACCAGAAAAUCUGCAGAAGUGAUUCUUCGUUUGAUAUGGAAUUAAGAUGGUCAAAAUUUGUGUAGAUUUUACGUUAAGUUUAAUUGUUGAAUAUAUUUUUAUCGAGAUUUUGAAAGAGUUUGAC